CACCGGAAGUUCUCAGCACGGAAACAGUAACCCCCCCCGAAACAGUCGGCAAUCCGGCGACACUGAAAAGCGACAGGUUUUCUAAAUAACAAUGAAGCGCGAGAUAGUUCAAUGGUGCUCACCUCCAGCAAGUUUUUACUGACCCUCUGCCUGUUAUGUGUUUUUCAUCUCCCUAAAUCACUGUAAACCAGUUCACAAAGGUGUUUACUUUGGACUUUGAAUUUAUCAGUACACCUCAUCGUGCUUUUUCGAACAUCAUGACGUGCAGGGAUCGAACCCUAGAGUUUCAGUCCGCCUGCAAGUCUCUGCAGGGGAGACAGAUACAGAAUGGAACGCUGGCAAAACCCAACCAUAAUGCUCUUAAACAGCGGAGUGACUUCACGCUCAUGGCGAAGAGAAUUGGAAAAGACUUGAGUAAUACGUUUGCUAAACUGGAAAAGCUCACAAUUUUGGCCAAAAGGAAAUCUCUGUUUGAUGACAAGGCUGUCGAGAUCGAAGAGUUGACCUACAUUAUAAAGCAGGACAUUAACAGUUUAAAUAAACAGAUAGCACAGCUGCAAGACCUUGUGCGCUCACGAACUGAACAAAAUGGACGCCACAUUCAGACACAUUCCAACACAAUUGUUGUCUCCCUCCAGUCAAAGUUGGCAUCAAUGUCUAACGAUUUCAAGUCUGUGUUGGAAGUGCGAACUGAGAAUCUAAAACAGCAACGCAGCAGAAGAGAACAGUUCUCUCAGGCACGGGUGUCCGCCUCACCUCUGCUUGCCAACAACUUCAGUAGUUCAGUAUUGAUGCAGGAUGAAUCUAGGAGCCUAGGCAGUGAUGUGGCCAUUGACAUGGAUUCGAGUGCCAAUCCCCUCCAACUGCAGCUUAUUGAUGAACAGGACUCUUAUAUCCAGAGUCGAGCAGACACCAUGCAGAACAUUGAGAGCACCAUUGUGGAGCUGGGCUCCAUCUUCCAACAGCUGGCACAUAUGGUCAAAGAGCAGGAGGAGACCGUUCAGAGGAUUGAUUCCAACGUGGAGGACACUCAGCUGAAUGUGGAAAUGGCCCACACAGAGAUCCUGAAAUACUUUCAGUCAGUCUCCUCCAACCGCUGGCUAAUGAUUAAGAUCUUCCUUGUCCUGGUGGUCUUUUUCAUUAUAUUUGUGGUCUUCCUUGCCUGAGAGGAAUGCACUAUGAGGAACAAUGGGAAUAAGAAGCGGACAGCGUGAAGCAGCCAUGGACUCUUAUUGGGCGAUGUGCAAACAAAUGAAGUAGACUGGACAACAAUAGCUUUGCCACAGGAGCAGACAAAUUGUACCACUUGCGUAUUGUAUGCUUUUACUGAGAAUGAAAAACGUUAGAUAAAUUAUAGACCUAAAUAGAUAUAACUUGUGUGGUCUGUCUUGCUCUCUGCAUAAAUUAUGAUGAUGAAGGCAGUUCUAAAACAUCCUCCCCUAUUCAGGGAGUGGUGUCGGAUUUCAUUUUUGUCUUCUCUCUUUGUUACCUUGAGACAUAUUCAUUAUAAUACCUGAGCCUUCACUUACCAUACUUAUUUUAAGGAGAAGGCUAAUUUGUGAAUGGUUUGAUUCUGCAAACUGGUUUAGUUUUUUUUUCCUUACAGUGUUAUCAACAAUCAGUGAUAACAUGAAUGAUGUAAAAGACUUACUUUUACGAUUAAUUAAUAUGAUCGCUUGUACAGUUCUCCCUACGAUAACAUUAUGAUCUUAUAUGUGCUUCUUCCUGUCUCCUGUUUGUACAAAGGAGCAUUAGUUCUUUGAUAAAAACUAAAUUGCCUUGUAAAGGCUUUUUACUGUAAAUUGUUGGAAGAGUUCCUUAUUUUCCUAACUCUUAUUUUCCAAUAGCAAGCUAGGUACUCAUGGUCUCAUGAUUUUAUGCUUUGUAUAGUGUAAAUGAAGACUGUUUUUCAGUGUAUUGUUGGCAGUGACUUCUCCAUAAAGUGAGCCAAAACUAAAGCAUGACUUUGAAAACAGUAUGUGAAUUUCUAAAGUGAACAGCUUUGGAUAAAGCUACAUUCAGUCCUCGGUCACUAUGAAUGCAGAGUUUGUAAGAUCCCCAGUCUUAUAUGUGAAACAAACUCUAAAAGACUAAAGCAUUAAUUGAUAUUAUCAACAUAUGUAAAGUCUCUCAACAUUCACUUUUUUCAUUAAGUGCUUACAUUAGACAAUUCAAUCAACAUGCACAAAUGUACAGCAUUUUAUUUAAAAAAAGCACUUUUUUUAAUCAUGUAUGUUUUCUCACUUUUUUUAGCCUCAAGUAAGAACUGAAAUAGUAACUGGUUUCUGGAUAGAGCUGCAUAUUAAAACAAAUCUUCAAACCUG